AUGGCACACUUGUCUGCCAAAGUCCUUGUGCUAGGUCUUCUCCUGGGGGCUGACUGGGUUUGCUAUGCCACAGCCCAGGAUGUGUGCACAUUCCUGGGGGAAAAGGACACAAACAGCUUCUAUCAGGAGGGAGAUGUGGUUAUCGGGGGCUUGUUCCCUGUACACCGUUGUUCUGUGUCCUCUUUGCCAUCAUUUCAAAGGAGCCCGCAACAGAUUCAAUAUGAUUUCAGUGCCAGGACCCUCCGCUGGAUGCGCACCAUGAUUUUGGCAGUGAACGAGGUCAACCGACAAAGGGACCUGCUCCCAAGUUUGACACUGGGGUUCCACAUUCGGGACACCUGUGACCAAACGUGCGGGUCCCUGAGAAGCUCUCUGCUGCUGGUGAACGGGCAGCCAGAUGGCGUGGCAGGCUCCGAGGGUGCAGCUAGCGGUACUGGCUGGGACUGUGCCUCCGUACAUAGAGCGGUGUCCCCCGUCAUCAUAGGAGAUGCCGCCUCUGGGCUGUCUAUGGCUGUGCUCAAAACUCUGGGCUCCUUUCACAUACCCCUGGUGAGCUAUUUUGCAUCCUGCAGCUGUCUGAGUGACAAGAAGCAAUUUCCCACGUUUAUGCGCACCAUGCCCAGCGAUGCCUUCCAGAUACGAGCCAUGGCCCACCUUGUACGCUACUUUAACUGGACCUGGGUGGGCAUCAUCGGGGUGGAGUCUGACUAUGCCCGCUUCGCUAUCCAGCUUUUUUUACAGGAGUCCAUAAAGUACAGCGUGUGUGCUGCCUAUGUCCACUUCUACCCUAUAAACAUCUCUCCGCGGUCUGUGAUGAAGUUGGUGGACACCAUCCAGCGGUCGUCCUCCCGAGUUAUAUUGAAUUUUUCGGCCGAGUUGGAGCUUCAAAGUAUCUUGAGAGAGUGUCAACGUCGGAACGUCACAGGGCUGCAGUGGAUCGCUAGCGAGGCCUGGUCCACCGCCAUAUCCCUGUGGGGAGAGUUUGGAGAUCUCUUGACAGGAACGCUGGGGUUUGCGAUCCGGAAGGCUGAUGACAUUCCAGGGCUCAAGGAAUACCUGACAUUAGGACCAUCAGAUUGCCGCGAGUCAGCUUUACUUGCAGAGUUCUGGGAAGACACAUUCAACUGUAGACUGAAUGGAUCCUUAAACAUACACUCACACUCUGUCAGUUCCAACAACAGAGAGCCCUGUAGUGGAAAAGAGAAUCUGGGGGAAAUCUACACAACGUAUGGCGAUGUGAGCCAGCUCAGAGUGUCCUAUAACGUGUAUAAGGCUGUGUAUCUCAUCGCCCAUGCCUUACAAGAUAUGAGCAACUGCGUGGCUGGGGAGGGGCCUUUUUUCAAUGGCACCUGUGGGAACCCGAAGCAUGUUCAGUCAUGGCAGCUACUCCACUACAUGAAGCUGGUGAAGUUCUCCACCCUCGGGGAGGACGUCAGUUUUGAUCACAACGGUGACCCCAUUGCUUCGUAUGACCUCAUGAACUGGCAUAGGGGGCACGAUGGCUCUGUGCAGUUGGUCAAAGUGGGGUUCUAUGACGCCUCGUUGGGGGAUGGGCAAAACCUGGUCAUAAAUGAGUCAGUGAUUCAGUGGCCUGUGGGAAAGAAGGCAGCUCGAUCCGUUUGCAGUGAGAGCUGUCCCCCAGGAACUCGUAUAGCCAGCAGGAAGGGAGAGCCUGCCUGCUGCUUUGACUGUAUUCCCUGUGCUGAGGGGGAGGUCAGCAAUCAAACUGAUUCUUUAAACUGCCUAGGCUGUUCUAACAUCACAUGGCCAAACGAAGCCAGAGACUACUGUGUCCCGAAGACCAUAGAGUUCCUGUCCUAUCAGGAGUCCAUGGGUAUAAUCCUGUGUGGGGUAUCCACUUUCGGAGCCUGUGCCUCACUCUCUGUCCUGGCAGUGUUCAUCACCAACCGACACACUCCCAUCAUCCGUGGCAACAACAUGGAGCUGAGCUUUUUGCUCCUCCUCUUCCUCUCCGUCUGCUUCCUGAUUGGACUUUUGUUCAUUGGGGAGCCGUCUGAUUGGCUGUGUCGGAUCCGGUAUCCAGCAUUUGGGUUGAGCUUCGUCCUCUGCAUCUCCUGUCUCCUUGCCAAGACCAUGGUGGUCCUCAUGGCCUUCAGGGCCACAAUUCCCAGAAGAGAUGUCAUGAAGUGGUUCGGCCCCACCCAGCAAAGAUCCAGUGUUUUGCUGUGCACCGGCAUCCAGGGUCUGAUCUGUCUCUUCUGGCUGCUGAGCACACCUCCCUAUGCCAGUGUCAACACUGGCCCCAACAGCUCCACCAUCUUCAUAGAGUGUGCCAUGGGGUCAGAGGUUGCCUUCUGGUGUGUUCUAGGAUAUAUUGGCUUCCUAGCCUGUCUGUGCUUUAUUCUGGCCUUUUUGGCACGGAAGCUGCCAGACAAUUUCAACGAGACGAAGUUCAUCACCUUUAGCAUGCUGAUCUUCUUCGCUGUGUGGAUCACAUUUAUCCCUGUCUAUGUGAGCACAGCAGGAAAGUUCACAGUGGCUGUCCAUAUUUUCGCUAUUCUAGCCUCGGCAUUUGGACUCCUGCUCUGUAUAUUUGCCCCAAAGUGCUACAUUGUGAUGCUGAGACCAGAGAAAAACAGCAGGAAACAUAUGAUGCGGAAAUUAUGA